AUACGCAUACGCAUACGAAGAAAGACAGCGCCAUGAAGGAGCGGACCAAGGGACUCCUCAUCAUGCUCGCGGGGAUCCUGGCCAUCUCUCCCGACGCCGUCCUCACCCGGUACCUCGGCGAGGGGGGAUCGGAUCCGUGGACGACCGUCUUCUGGAAGAUGGCCUUCGCCGCCCCGUUCUCGCUGGGCUUUGCCGUCUACGAAGCGGGCGGCCCGAGGAAGCUCUGGGCCUCGGUGCURGACGCGAGGGUCUACUACGCGCUGGCCAUGCCCCURCAGGCGGCGGUGGACACCUGCUUCGUGCUGUCCUUUUUCUACACGACGGCGGCCAACGCCCUGCUGCUCAUCAACCUCAACCCGCUGUGGUGCGCGAUCCUGGGCCGCUUUUUGCUGGGGGACGUCCUGCCGAGGCGGACCUUUGUGGCGCUGKCCCUGUCCCUGGGGUGCAUCGCGAUCAUCUUUGUGCCGGAGAUCCUGGGAAGGAACGUUCCCGGCGGAGGAGACGACGACCCUGGCUACGGCGAAGACGUCGGCGUCGACGUCGACUAUUACGACGUCGACUACGAUCCGGGGGACGCAUGCGGAAACUCCACGAGAGCACGAUUGCUCGCCGGCACGAGCGAAAACAGCAACCUGCAAGAGUCCUCUACCAAGGGAAACGCGAUUGCCUUUGCCACGGGCCUUGGCCUCGCCGCCUACAUCACCCUCGUCCGGCACGGAAGCACGAGGGGGGAACGCAGCAACACCAACGCCAAUGCCAAUGCCAGCGCGAACGCAAACGCAAACGCCAAUCCUUCGCAAACCAGCGAUCCAGCGAAAGAAGACGGGGCCAAGCCCCUGCCGCUUCCGGACGCCCCGAAACAGCCGGCCAACCUCAUCGGUUCCACCGCGGGGGGCGUCCUGAUCGCCAUGGUGGUCAGCCUGAUCGUCAAGCGCGGGAGGGUCCUCCCCCRUGCCUGGGAGGAGGCCGCCUGGAAGUUCUGGCUGGUCAGCAUCGCCCAGGGGGCGAGCGUCGGGGCCCUCUUUGUCGCCAUCACGAUCGCCCCCCGGAUGAUCACCGGGGCCGAGAUCGGCCUCUGCGUCCUCCUGGAGGCCCUGCUGGGCCCCCUCUUUGUGUACCUGGCCUACGGGGACGCCCCGUCGGGCUGGACCGUCCUGGGGGGCUCCCUCCUGCUSGGGGUCCUGGCGGUCCACGAGGCCCUGCCCCUCUUCGAAACCGCGGCGGCCGUCGUGGUGCGGACCUCGGUCCGGCUCCGCCGGUCGUUGCUGGGAAACGCCGCUGCCGGGGAGGACGCUUCGGGGGACGGCAAAGGCGACGGCAAAGGUCCAGGCAAAGCCGGAGACGAACCGGGACACGCCGCGGAAGCCUCCCAGCGUGCGGUGGCCCCCGGCUCCGAUGGGCCUUCUACCAUUACUGCCAGCCCAAGGGGGGCGGAACACUCCGAAUGCUAGGUUGGUUGGUUGGUUGGUUGGUUUCGUGCUGUUGCGCGAUAGGGUCCGACCUCCUUUCGGGCAGCGGAACCCGCCAAAACGAGAGCAAGGCAACCGGGGCAGGCAACAAGCAUCCCCCGAAACGCCUCGGAGGCGACGCCUGCCAACUCCGCGUGCUUUGGUGCAGGGCGAAGCCGGUGCGACGGAAAACCACCGAGCUCGAAAUCGCCGGGAAAGGGAAGGACGUCCAAAAAAAGGACGCAGGGGAAUCUCUUCCCCCGAGAUUCGGCGGUGCGCACGAAUCCACGCAUUUGUGGAUCGCCGCUGCGCCACCAUCCCAUGCACGUUGCGUGCCGCUAACGCUAGAGGUUAACAUAACGAUUGCCGAUUCGAAAAGAAAGUGUAGGUUUCAGGACCGAGGCAUGGUGCCAAAACACACCGUGCUCCUGCGGAGUAUUUGCGAUUUGAUCACGUCCCGCUAGAGUGAAGCGAAGGCUAGCAAGUGUUGUAUUGAAUUGAAUCGAAAGCUAACCCACGACAACCUUCACGAAUUGAGCGACAACUGUUACUGUGUAUCUAUUAUCCCAUUGGUUAGAAGUAGACGAAAGAAAUUGUAGAAUGAAUG